AUCACGGCCCUCACCCUGCUGCUCUGCCUCCCCCAGGCUGCCCGAGGUCCGCGUCUCGGACAACGGUCCCUACGAGUGCCACGUGGGCAUCUACGACCGCGCCACGAGGGAGAAGGUGGUCCUGGCAUCGGGCAACAUCUUUCUCAACGUCAUGGCUCCUCCUACCUCCAUCGAAGUGGUGGCUGCAGACGCGCCAGCCCCCUUCAACCGCUACCAGGCCCAGAACUUCACGCUGGUCUGCAUCGUGUCCGGAGGGAAACCAGCGCCCAUGGUUUAUUUCAAAAGAGAUGGGGAAGCGAUCGACGCGGUGCAGCUGGCAGAGCCGCCGGCAGGCUCUGGCCCCCUCCGGGACAGCAGGCCCUUCCGCAGCCUCCUGCACCGAGACCUGGAUGACACCAAGGUGCAGAGGUCACUGUCCCUGAUGGACACUGAGAACCGGGGUGGGCGUCCCUACACGGAGCGCCCCUCCCUGGGCCUGACCCCAGACCCCAGCAUCCUCCUCCAGCCGACCACCGAGAACAUCCCCGAGACGGUGGUGAGCCGCGAGUUCCCCCGCUGGGUCCACAGCUCCGAGCCCGUCUACUUCCUGCGCCACAGCCACACCCCGGGCAGCGACGGCACCGUGGAGGUGCGAGCCCUGCUCACCUGGACACUCAACCCGCAGAUCGACAACGAAGCCCUCUUCAGCUGUGAGGUCAAGCACCCAGCGCUGUCGAUGCCCAUGCAGGCAGAGGUCACGCUGGUUGCCCCUAAAGGACCCCAAAUCGUGAUGACGCCCAGCAGAGCCCGGGUCGGGGACACAGUGAGGAUUCUGGUCCAUGGAUUCCAGAACGAGGUCUUCCCAGAGCCCCUGUUCACAUGGACGCGGGUCGGGAGCCGCCUCCUGGACGGCAGCACCGAGUUCGACGGGAGGGAGCUGGUGCUGGAGCGGGUUCCCGCCGAGCUCAACGGCUCCAUGUACCGCUGCACAGCCCAGAACCCGCUGGGCUCCACCGACACGCACAUCCGGCUCAUCGUGUUCGAGCACCGCGGUGGGUCUGCGGGCUCUGACCUGCUCCCUGCGCCCGGCACAGGUUCCGCCUCUGGCCCUGCUGGUGUCCGGCUCAUCCUGGUGCUCGCCCUGACAGUGGUCCUGGAGCUGACGUGA